AUGAACGAGGUAACUUUUUCUUUUACGGACGCCGAUAAAAGAAUAAUGAAUAUUCGGGCACACUGGAUCCCCCCAUAUGUCUCUAACAACUUUAUAGAGAAAGUUUNUGCGGAAUACGGCAACGUUAUUAACGUAGUGGAGGAGCAAUAUGGCGCCCGCCAUACGCUUUGUGGGACAAAGUCAGGGCUAAGGAGAAUAUCGCUAGAGUGUUCUCCCGAACAAUAUGGUUCUGUGCCCCAUAUUAUUAACAUCGACGGAGUAAGACCUUUCCGUAUGCUGCUCGCAUGCACAGACAGACCUCCAUUGUGUCUUCAUUGUCGCAAUGUAGGACACAUGGCCAGGGAAUGUCCUUCCAAGAUUCGUAGGACUGUUGAGACUGAAAAGGUGAAAUCGUAUGCUGAUGCAUUAAGUGGUUUUUCUGGCCCUGGGGACGACGCUAUCCAGCAAGUCCCAGAGGCCGAAGGAAUGGACGCAAAGGAAAUAACAGUAGAAAAAGGUGAAGCGCCUUCCCAUCUCUUUUCCCCAGACCCAGUGGGCGAUUGGGCUGAGGAAAUGGACUCGGAGGACAGUAGCUCAUCGUCUGAGAGCGAAAGUGAACAAAGACUCAUAAUGGAUGUAAAAAGAACAGAGCCAACAACAGGGAAAAAAACGACCAAAAAUCGUGGAAGUCCGACUUUUAUUAGUCAGUUUCGACUAGUAAGUUUGUCUGUCUUUUUUGGCAAGGUACCCCGAAUUUCGCUCACAAUUCAGUCUGGAUUAGUGAGCGAUAUUUAUUUUGGUGGGCUAUGUUUGUUUAUCGCCUUAAUACCAAUUAGGAGACACAAUGAUGAUCGCUCACAUAUGCCUUUAUUAGAUUCUCAAAAUAUAUUUUUAUUUAUUGACAAAAGGAAUGAAUGUGGAUCUUGUUAUCGUUAUGGGGGAAUAUACGCUGGUUUAUCAUGUGACAAGACAAAUGACCCAGCGAAGCAUAAAACAUUCCCCCAAUCACUGAAAAUGAAAUCUAGGAAACCAGAAACCCCUGAGAAUAGUGAGUACAGGGACGCUCUGAAAAGAGGUCUGAAUUUUUCCGAGGAGAAAACGGAUAGAAAAAAAACAAAGAUAUAA